CAUUAUAGCCUAGCGGUGCCACUUGACACCCAAUUUCAUAUGUUUAGUUUUUUGCGCCCUGCUCUUGUAAUAAGAAGUAAAAUCAAGUGGUUUGUUGUUUAUGCCAUGCUUGAGAGAGGUAGAAAUCACUUCAUUUAGUUUGUUUUGACCCAUACGCUUUUUGUGACCUGUACGAGCGUCGGUAAAUCAGUGUUGUAAAAUAUCUGCCAAUAAUGGAUGCAGUGUUCAAGGGUUGUACAUUACAUGAGGCACUUGCCAUACUUGAAGAAGACGACGAACUCGAGCCUCAGUUGCUUUAUAUUGAACCUCCAGACCCUGCAAUCCUAUUUGACGAAGAUUCGGCCGACGAAGAUGAGGGUGGUUUCAUAAAUAAUCUCACAGGUCGGCAACUCAAUGCUAGAUGUGAAGUGGUACUGGCAUCUAGAUCUGAGCCACGAGGUGCUGGCCGUCCAUCAGCUUCCAAAACAUCCAGAACUGGCAAUCGAGUCUCUGACAGCAUACGUUAUGACGGCAGGAAUCAUUUAUUGGUACCCGGUGGGUCACGACGCAAGUGUGGGUUAGAGUCUUGCCAUAGUCAGACUAGGCUGUAGUGCAAUAAAUGCAACGUGGGGCUCUGUGCGGCUUGCAACCUACAGUUUCACACAAACAAUACGUAAUUUCAUGGAAAUAAAUAUAAAUGUUCAUAUAAUAUACUGGAACUUUUAAUCAAUUUUUAACCUUAAAAUAUAAAAGACUAUAUCCCUUAAUAAUUCUUAUCAAAUUGUGUUAAAAUAUUUAGGUAACAAUCAGUUAAAAGGAAUUUAUGAGACAUUUUGAAAAGACAAGGUAUUAGCCUAGCGGUGCCAGGCGGCAUCCAUGGUUAUUUCCAGAAGUAAGGCUUGAACCAAAAUUCUAUUGAUCAGAUAUGACUAAGAGGGUACAUAAGAACAACAUAUCAAAGAAAAACUCAAUUCUGAGACCUUAAAAUAAUUCAGGCUAUAAUGGGU